GAAAAUCUUUUACUAUUUCCUUACAAAUCUGUGGGUUGGAGGCAGGUUGUGACACGACAGGCGUUGAAUGAUGAAGUUGCCUUUUUGAAAUGAAGGGUGUCUUACUAUUAGAAGGAUUUAUCGUUUAGUAUUAUAUUCACUAAAAAAUCUAUAAUUAGAAGAAUCUAGAUAAAAAAAUUAGCUGUCACUCCUAGCUCACUCUACUUAAAGCUUAAGCUGUCUGUCAUUUCAUUCUUGUUCUAUUUAGGUUUUGUUUAAAAAAAAAAAAUCACAAAUCCUCUGUUUUCUUUUCAUCAGAUCAUCAAAAAAACAUCUAGGUAAAUCUAUCUCCCCCUUUUCUCACAUUAGUUUCCAUUUUAUAUGCUUAUUAUUUUUAUUAGUUAUUAUAUGUACUUUUGAAGUUUUUCUCUCCAUAUUUUGAAUUAUCCUUUUAUCUAUAAGAACCCUGCCAGUGUGCGAGCGCUUCUGUUUUUGGGUUAGGGGUUGUAGGUUCCUUUUAGUGGGUUUUGGCCAUGUGGGUAGUUAUUACUUCGUCAUUCUUUGACUCUUUUAAUGGGUUUUAAUAGAUUUGAUCAUUAACUAAUAGAUUCAUUAUAGUAGUUUAUAUAGGGAUUUUUCUUGUCAGUUUUUAAAUGGCUAGAUUGAUUCUUCCAUGCAAAAGUUCCUGUCUUGCAAAGACCAGUCUCUUGGGUUUGAUCUCCUCUGCUCCUCUUCGAGCUACCGGCAGACCUAGUUGCUUUCGGAGUUCGGCAAGAAAUAUCUCGAAAUACAGAGGAUUCCUCAGUUCUGAGGUUGCCUUUCAAAGGAAGUGCCAGUUUUCGUACCCAGCAUUAUAUAGAGAUAAGCAACACAGAAGGAGGCUAAUUUGUGCAGUCGCCACAGAACCAUUACCCAAGCAAGUUGAAGAAUCCAAAAUGGACGCACCAAAAGAAAUCUUUCUCAAGGCUUACAAGUUGCCUGACUACUACUUUGAUUCGGUGGAUUUGACAUUUUUGCUGGGUGAUGAGAAAACAAUUGUUAGUUCAAAAAUAACUGUUUUACCCAGAGUUGAAGGUUCUUCUUCUCCGCUAGUUUUGGAUGGAGCAGACCUGAAGCUGCUUUCAGUUAAAGUCAAUGGUGAGGAACUGAAGAACAGAGAUUAUCAUUUGGAAUCACGCCAUUUAACAAUCCUAUCACCACCUUCUGGUAAAUUUACAUUGGAAAUUGUUACUGAGAUAUAUCCCCAGAAGAACACAUCAUUGGAGGGACUUUACAAGUCAUCUGGGAAUUUCUGCACUCAAUGUGAAGCAGAGGGUUUCCGCAAAAUUACAUAUUAUCAGGAUCGCCCCGAUAUAAUGGCAAAAUACACUGUCCGGAUUGAAGCUGAUAAAUCUUUGUACCCAGUAUUGCUAUCUAAUGGAAAUCUCUUGGAACAAGGAGACCUUGAGGGUGGUAAGCAUUAUGUUCUAUGGGAGGAUCCCUUCAAGAAACCUUGCUAUUUGUUUGCAUUGGUUGCUGGACAGCUGAAGAGCAGAGAUGACAUGUUUGUUACCCGUUCUGGUCGAAAUGUGUCGCUAAGAAUUUGGACCCCUGCACAAGAUGUACCCAAGACAGCACAUGCCAUGUAUUCACUUAAAGCAGCAAUGAAAUGGGAUGAGGAUGUUUUUGGUCUUGAAUAUGACCUAGAUCUCUUUAACAUUGUUGCUGUCCCUGAUUUUAACAUGGGAGCCAUGGAGAACAAAAGUUUGAAUAUUUUCAAUUCCAAGCUUGUUUUGGCAUCCCCAGAAACUGCUUCAGAUGCAGAUUAUGCUGCUAUUCUUGGGGUUAUUGGCCAUGAGUAUUUCCACAACUGGACAGGCAACAGGGUGACUUGUCGUGACUGGUUCCAGCUAAGUUUAAAGGAAGGUCUAACUGUAUUUCGUGAUCAGGAGUUUUCAUCUGAUAUGGGAAGCCGCACUGUGAAGAGGAUCUCUGAUGUUUCAAAACUUCGAAUUUCUCAGUUCCCACAGGAUGCCGGUCCUAUGGCUCAUCCAGUGCGACCACAUUCAUAUAUCAAGAUGGACAACUUCUACACAGUGACGGUGUAUGAAAAGGGAGCGGAAGUUGUCAGGAUGUACAAAACCUUAUUAGGGAGUCAAGGUUUCAGAAAGGGCAUGGAUCUUUAUUUUAAAAGACAUGAUGGUCAAGCUGUGACAUGUGAAGAUUUUUUUGCUGCCAUGCGAGAUGCAAACGAUGCAGAUUUUGCUAAUUUCUUACAAUGGUACUCCCAAGCUGGUACACCUCUGGUGAAAGUUACUUCAUCUUAUGAUGCUGAAGCUCAUACUUUCACCUUAAAGUUCAGUCAAGAAGUACCACCAACGCCAGGGCAACCAGUUAAAGAACCCAUGUUCAUUCCUGUGGUGUUAGGGCUGCUCGACACUAGUGGCAAGGACAUGCCACUCUCGUCUGUGUAUCAUGAUGGAGCAUUGAAGUCUAUUGCAAGUGACAGUCAACCAGCCUAUAGUACAAUUCUUAGAGUAACCAAGAAAGAGGAGGAAUUUGUUUUCUCUGAUAUACUUGAGCGGCCAGUACCUUCUCUAUUGCGGGGUUUCAGCGCUCCAAUCCGUCUUGAAUCUGAUCUCUCUGACAGUGAUCUGUUUUUCCUCCUUGCUCAUGAUUCAGACGAAUUCAACCGAUGGGAGGCUGGACAAGUCUUGGGUAGAAAACUGAUGCUCAGUUUAGUCGCUGAUUUCCAACAAGGGAAACCAUUGGUUCUGAACCCAAAGUUUGUGCAAGGGCUAAGAGGCAUUCUUUGUGACUCGAACUUGGAUGAGGAAUUUAUUGCAAAGGCAAUAACACUACCAGGUGAAGGAGAAAUAAUGGACAUGAUGGAAGUUGCAGAUCCUGAUGCUGUUCAUGCUGUUCGAACUUUCAUCAGGAAGCAGCUUGCAUCUGAACUGAAAGCAGAGUUUUUACGCACAGUCGAAAACAAUAGGAGCUCAGAAGAGUAUGUGUUUAACCAUCCUAACAUGGCUAGGCGUGCUCUAAAGAAUAUUGCCCUUGCAUAUCUUGCAUCACUUGAAGACCAGGAGUUAACUGAGCUUGCAUUGCAUGAGUACAAAACUGCCACAAAUAUGACCGAUCAACUUGCAGCUUUGGCAGCCAUAGCCCAAAAUCCUGGGAAAACUUGUGAUGAAGUACUUGCUGACUUCUACACCAAGUGGCAGGAUGAAUUUUUGGUUGUGAAUAAAUGGUUUGCCCUUCAAGCCAUGUCUGAUGUUCCUGGUAAUGUUGAGAAUGUUCGGAACCUCUUGAAUCAUCCAGCAUUUGAUCUGCGCAAUCCAAACAAGGUAUACUCACUCAUUGGAGGAUUCUGCAGCUCUCCCGUGAAUUUCCAUGCCAAGGACGGGUCAGGCUACAAGUUCUUGGGGGAGAUUGUGGUGCAACUGGACAAAAUUAAUCCUCAGGUGGCAUCCCGCAUGGUAUCAGCCUUCUCAAGAUGGAAACGCUAUGAUGAAACCCGGCAAAACCUUGCCAAGGCACAGCUGGAGAUGAUCGUGUCUGCCAAUGGACUGUCAGAGAACGUAUUUGAGAUCGCCUCAAAAAGUUUAGCUGCUUAAAUGCCUAAAAUUUGCAGGUUGCAGUUGUUUGCCAUCAGUGCUUGCGACGGUGAUGUGGGACAAUAAGUGUGUUUGGCACAUUUGCAAGAUCACCAUGAUAAGCAUGCUGUCCUCAUUAUGUCCCUUACAUGGAAGAGACAGGAUUCUGUAACUUUCAAUACAUCUUUGCAUGGAAUAUUUCGCAAAAUAAUACCGUGAUGAUGCUUUUAUCUUCUU